GGUGGGUGGUACCGGGCUCAUGGUCCCUUUAAGAGCCGACUGCUCGGUGUCCGCGAGGAUAUUGUACUUAAGCUGGCAAGGGGGGUGAUGAGUUAAGUAUUCAGAGCUGAUCCUUUCGCGAAUCCCUCAGCUCGUCUGGGUAAGGUUCAGUUUCCUGCGAGGCUGCAGAUCCCUUUCUCUGCUUGGUUUGGCAGAUCUCCUAGCCCAGUUGGUGAAAUGCCUACUCGCUCCGAAAAAGCCGAGCCAGUGAAUGGAAAAAUUACUUCUCCCUGAACUUUUCUCCAGCCCCCUCCUAAGUGUCCCGCUUAAAUCUCGUGGGUGAGGAAUCUGGCUUUAAUCUGCCAUCAUUCUGUUUUUAAGUGACUUGGAGAGGAUGCAGGGAGGCAAUGCACUGGCAGUGCCAUGGCUAAUGUUCCUAGCUGUGGCUGGGGCUCCUGGGCAGUAUGAGAAGCCUGCUUUUACCCCCAUCUUCACCCGCAGGCCCUUCAUUGUGGCUUGGAAUGCACCAACCCAGGACUGUGAACCUCGCUUCAAGGUUCAGUUGGACUACAGUGUUUUUGAUGUUCAGGCCUCACCUAACGAGGGUUGGGUAGACCAGAACUUGACCAUUUUUUAUAAAGAACGCUUGGGCCUUUAUCCCUAUUAUGAUGGGAACAAAGUGGCUAUUAAUGGGGGUGUCCCACAAAACAGCAGUUUGCGGGAGCAUCUGAACCGGUUAGCAGAGGGCAUUAAGAAAUACAUCCCCUCUGAUGUAACAGAGGGAUUGGCAGUCAUUGACUGGGAAGAGUGGAGACCUAUCUGGAUCCGAAACUGGCAGACCAAAGACAUUUACCGGAAUGCCUCUCGUAAGCUUGUGCUCUCUCGGCGUCCUAGAUUGGAAGAAGACCAGGUGAAGAAGGAAGCCCAGUAUGAAUUUGAGUCAUCGGCUUGUGAUUUUAUGAGGGAGACUCUGCGAUAUGCCAAGAACUUUCGUCCCCGACAGCUCUGGGGUUACUACCUCUUCCCUGACUGCUAUAACCAUGACUACAGCAAGAACAAGAAUAGUUACACAGGCCAGUGCCCUGAUGUGGAGAAGACACGGAAUGAUCAUCUGGCCUGGCUCUGGAAGGAGAGCACUGCUCUUUUUCCUUCCAUUUAUUUGGAGCACAUGUUGGCCAAAACCAUGAAUGGCCGCAAGUUUGUGAGGUCUCGAGUAAAAGAAGCCCUUCGUAUUUCUCAACAACAUCAUGAUAACUAUGCUCUACCCGUCUUUGUUUACACCAGGUCCACCUAUAUUCGUAGGCAGGAUGUUUUAAGUGAGACAGACCUGAUCUCCACCAUAGGUGAGAGUGCUGCUUUGGGGGCAGCUGGUGCUAUCUUCUGGGGAGAUGCUGAAAACACUAGGAGUAAGGAAACUUGCCAGAUGAUUAAAAAAUACAUAGAAGAGCCUCUUGGCCGUUACAUCGUCAAUGUGACAACCGCAGCUGAGCUCUGCAGCCAGACCCUUUGCAGGGGCCACGGCCGGUGCCGGCGCCAAGAAAGCGAUGCCAGCGUCUUUCUGCAUCUCAACCCAGACAGCUUCCAGAUCUACCGGAAUGAACCCAGGCAUCUGAAGCCACUUCUGGGGGCCAAAGGAAACCUCUCUCGGGCAGACAUUUCCUUCCUGCAAACCCACUUCCAGUGCCACUGUUACCAGGGGUGGCGCGGAAGAGGGUGCGAGAAGCAGCUGAACCCACCCGGGGGCGGCCCCUCCCUUCCCUACACCCUUGGACUCCAGUUGCUGGCGACUGCCUUCCUUCUGGUCUGCUUGCACUAGGCCACCUCUCCAGUGGGAUCUGUGGGGUGCAAGGGAAUUUUUGGUGCCUGGAACAAGGGGAGAGGCGGUGCAAUAGGCCAGGAAGGUAGGCAGCAAGCGAGGGAGAAGGAGGGGCCUCUCCCGCUUAUGUCUUUAUUUAGCAGUAAUGUAGCAGACAUCCUCUUCAAGAGACUGCUCUACCUCUCCCAUCUGCGCCCCUGGCCUUCAUGAGGCAAAAGAGAAAGGACCCUUCUAACCACUGCGAGUGCCUCUGUUCAGAGAGCUGGACAACUGGAAGAAAGGGUGGCUUUAGAGACUGGCAAAGGCAGGAUGCUCCGUGGGACACGACCUUCCCCGUGGCUUUGCCUUGGUUUGCCAGGUAGCUUCUUCACCCUGGGAACCCAUUGGGUGCCUUAGGUCAGCUACCCAAAAGAGAGGGUCAGACCAGGGACCUGGGCCGGGGCUACAGGGUCGGAAGGCCGGCAUCCAGUCCUCCGUCGAUGCUCUGCCUAAGGACUGGGAAGGGGGUGCUUGGCUCCUCUGUUUUAGGGAGUGGUGGGGCACAGCCACAAGCAAUGGGACCUUGACGCACAGGAGUAGGAGGUUUCAUGGAGCUGCUGUAAUGAGGUAAAUUGCUGCUGUUAUCUGUCUCUUUAGAUAGGUGGUAGAGAAGGAGGUGAGUCCAGGGGGAUUACCUUGGAGGGUAGCCAGGAAAUCACUUUUGCUGACUGGUGGGGUGGGCAAUGCAUUUUUUUAAUGGCCCAGAUGAGGCCAUUCAUGGGAAAAACAUGCUGUUCUGUCUGUGGCCACUGCCAACCUGGAAGCCUGCAUCUCUUACAGAAAAACCAAAAAGUGUUACCUCAGAAUUAAAGAGACACAGAGAAAAUCAUGUGUGCUUUGUACUGUGUGAAGAAAUCUUGCCGCUUGCCCUGGCACUCUUUCUUCCCUUUACUCUUUGCCAAGAAUGAGACUCCAGCUGGAAGCAACCUCCAGUUUGCAGUAAUGGUUUUGGCCUGUUCUCUGCACGACUUCCUCAGGGCAAGGCUUGUUGUCUAUCACAGAAUGUGGUCCUUUGAUGGUGCUGAAUCCAAGCUAGGGAGAACACCAAAUGGCCUGUGCUUGAGAGAAAAGGCCCUGGUCUCUGCUGGACCUGAGGG